CAGACAGACAGACAGACAGACAGACAGACAGACAGACAGACAGACAGACAGACAGACAGACAGACAAAUAGAAGUGGGCAGGCAGAUGCUGCCUUUAUCUGCAGAAGGCCAGUGCUCCUACAGCUAGCGGUGGGGGGGGGGGGGGGGGUGGGGGGUGAGGACGAAGAAGAGUUCACUUGAAAGGAGCAAGACAAGAUCUGUAAAAAGGACAUCUGGGAGCUUUUCAGGCUAAUCCACUGACACCCCCACCCCCCAUGCACACACACACGCGCGCACACAAACACACACCCACACUCCCGACAGUAUCCCCCUCACUGUAUCAAAUCCUCCCCCCUUCCUCUCACUCCUUCUCUCUCGAUCUCUGAAGCCUUGUACCUCGUCCCACUUUCCCCUGUGAGUGUUUAGCAUGACAAUCCAUCACCCCAAACCACCCCACCCCACCCCACUCCCCUCCAAGUACAGAGUGCAGGACAAUGCCUGUAGCUGGAGUUUGAUGUCCUUUAAGCCAUUGAGGAGUCCCUGUGGCCAUUCCAAGCCCCCUCUCUCUCCUGGGCAAGCGAGCACAGAAUGGGCUGCAGAGUCCCUAGUUUAGGUGGUGAGAAAAAGUGCGUUUGAAGAUGAAUGUCUACAGGUAGGUCCAAUGAGAAGGCAUAGUAAGAUCGGAACAUACUGUGGAUUACGUAGAAUAUGAAGAUUAAUCAGGCGAUAUUUGUUAUGACAUGAACGGUGAUGACGCAGCUGGCUACACAUUUCAAACCAUUUUAUGACUAACUGCGUUUUCAGAUUACGCCUGUCAAACAGCUAUCCCGUCUGGAUUUCAGUGAAACUUUGACUGUUUGAUUCAGAGGAGGAGGUGUGUGUGUGGGGGGUGGCGAAAUCAAAGGGAUGAGACUUAUUGUUCGCGUCUGAAAAGAAGCUAAUGGUCGACCAUCGCAACUCGGGGUCUGAAAGCUGCGGGGUGCGCCGGGGGCAAGCCGUACAAUGACACCCCCACGCCCUUCCUGCAGCGCGUCUUCCUGCCACAAUCUGUAGCCAACGACUCGCUCUGGGGGUGCGCAUCUGUAUCGGUACGACGGCCAUCCACGCCUUUGAAUAGGCACCGAUCAAGGGUGAAUGGUGGAAGGUCACCUGAAUGCCUGGAACCAUUUUAUUUAUUUCCUUUGCGUUGUCUCAAAUUUGUAUAGGCUAAAACAUGGCAUUUGAUUUGGGCGCAUGCUACGUAUUUUCCACUGCAGCCUACAUGCCUUAAACUAAAAAGUUACCAGUUCACUUCCAGGGAGAUAGAUAAAACCUAAACAAUGUAGGAUAUUAUUGCUCAAUAAAAUCUAACAUUUUAAUCGAGUCAAUCCAACAAAAUAUUCCAAGGAUAUAAUCGGCUUUUACAAUUUAAAUGCAAAAAUAUUUUAGCAACACAUAUAAGCUACUCUGUGCUAGGCAAUAUGAAUGUAAUGUUAGGCUAUGUUUUGGUUUUCUUAACGUUCCCAAUUGUGUAGGCUAAUGUUAGUCCUAAAUCUCGAAUGCAUGGCUAUAGGCCUAUCCUUUACCCAGACUUAAAUAACAUCACAUUUUAAUAUCAAGGACAAGUCGUUAAAAGUGAAUAAUUUACAAAGUAAGCAUAGGCUAAUGAUUCACGUAUGGGGUGCCUACAUAUGUAUUUUCAACAACAGCCUUUUCAGGUUUGUGAGAGCAACUCCAACCCUUCACAAUGUAAACAUGCACCUAAAUGAUAUAUUUUGUGAUCAUUUUCCAUCAGAAUUAACACUUUAUAGCCUACUCUCUGUUGGGCUUGGUUAUUUUAAUUUGAGAGUGUGAACUGCAAAUCUAUUAAUUAAACAUUGUAAACAAUGUCUACGGUGACCUGAAACUCCUUUACCAGGAGCCAAUAGGCAGCAUAGUACACGCCCCAAAUUUUCUUACGUGCUACGUUGGAAUAGAAAAAACACCAAGUUCAUUCACAAAUUCACUAUCAGCUGUACGUAAUUAGCUGUGUGGCCAAUAGGAGAGGAGACAAUUAACAUUCCGUCCUCCAGCACGAGCAUCGACUGAUUAGGAAAACCUGUGGAUCCGGGGCCUGGAGUCCAAAGAAGAGCAUUUGAUCUUGAAGGUGAGGUUGACUAAGUGGUGGUGAACUCUAAUAGUUGAAUUUACUUGGAUUUAUGCAGAGGAUUGUCUUGAUAACAGAGUAACGACCUACCCGUAAGGGGUUGUUUUUCACGCCUCCACGAAUUGCUCGGAGUGGUUCAUUUUGGCUAACUAGCUUUUUGAUAUCACUAGGUUGCUCAAGAGUUCCAACAUUUUCCGGAACUUUGCCAUGGACGAUUAGACGGUCGCCAGCAGACGCAGUCGGGAUUACUAUCAAUUUGUGCAACUUUAAGCAACCGUGACCAUGUCUGACCGAUCCCAGACCUCCAACUCUGAGUGCAACAGCAGACCUUACGACUUCAGCCGGGCUACUAUGUACUCACAGGCCUUGGCUCAAGAAGGAUUGGGCGGCUCGUCGCUCCAGAUACCACACGGUGUGCUGCAAGACCCGGCUCUCAUCUUCAACAAAGCGGCAUAUAACGGAAUUACCCAGGCCGCCGCUCAAAGUUUUUUCCCGUUCCCUCCCGUCGGUGGUGACUACAGGGCCUCCGACUCUCAGGCUGGGGACUUUGGACAACCCAAACACUGGUAUCCCUUCGCUGCUUCCGAGUACACAGGGCAAAUACCAGGGGUAGCUGCGGUCACACAACCAACCAACCACAGUCCACCUAUUGCCGAAACCAGGGAGCAGAUCAAGAUGCCCGAGAUAAAGACAGAAAAGGAGGUGAAUGACGAGUAUUCGACCGAUAUAAAGAUUCAACAGUAUCAAACCCCACCGACUUCCGCCAUGACUCACGGGAUGUAUUAUUCGGCACCAUGGAACCCGUCUUUCUGGCCUGGUUUUACUCAUAUGACGGCCGCCAGCACCAGUAGUCAAAAUGCCACCACAUCAUCUGCUUCGUCCCCAUCACUUUCGCCAUCUCCCCCAAGCAAUGGACUGCCCGUGAACGCGUUCUUCAGCGGGAGUGCAAGCCAGACAGUCCCGGCAACACCGACUCAGAACUCCAACUCAACUCGUAGCAGCGGUUCUUCCAGCGGCGGCUGCAGCGACUCAGAAGAAGAGGAAAACCUCUCCACUGAAGAGUUGGAGCUGUUUGCCAAGGAAUUGAAACACAAGCGUAUAACAUUAGGGUUCACACAAGCAGAUGUGGGCUUGGCCCUGGGAAAUCUUUAUGGCAAGAUGUUCAGCCAGACAACCAUUUGUCGUUUUGAAGCCCUCCAGCUCAGCUUCAAGAACAUGUGUAAACUGAAGCCCCUGCUCCAGAGGUGGCUCAACGAGGCUGAGACCUCCGACAACCCACAAGAUAUGUACAAGAUCGAGCGGGUGUUUGUAGACACCCGGAAGAGAAAGAGGAGGACCAGCCUGGAGGGGACUGUGCGCUCUGCACUGGAGUCCUACUUCAUCAAGUGUCCAAAACCCAACACCCAGGAGAUCACGCACAUAUCCGACGACCUGGGUCUAGAGAGAGACGUGGUGCGCGUGUGGUUCUGCAACCGCCGCCAAAAGGGGAAGAGGCUGGCUCUUCCCUUCGACGAGGAGUGCGAAGGACAGUAUUACGAGCAGAGCCCUCCCCCGCCACCGCACAUGGUGCCCUCUCCUAUGCCCGGCCAGGGAUACCAUCCCAACCCCCAUCACGGAGCCCCUGCCCUCUACAUGGCCCCUCUUCACCGACCCGACGUCUUCAAGCAGGCCCUGCACCCUGGGUUGGUGGGCCACCUGACCAGCUAAAUCUGCCUUUUAGUCCUCUGCUGUGCCCCUCCCCUCAACCCCCCCCUCCCCCCCAGCCAGGUCACCUGUAUUUCACCUGAAGUGGCUACCUUUCACUCCUCAAGCUGAUCUGUGCCUUAUACCACCUCCACAAGGUGUGGGGUUUAAGAAAUGACAAACAUAAAGGGUUGUAAUGGACAACAUCCUCUUGUUUUGGAGACAGCAAUGAAAUGGUGAUUGUUGUAAUCGUUAGAAAAGCGCCAUCUGACAUUUUCCCGGUGGCGUCGCCCAUGUUGAAGCCGUCCACAGCUCGGCCCAAUGUUUAAACAGUGACUGGAAACCCCCAGGGGAGCUUCUUGAGACUGGGAGGGAGGAGGUAUGCUGGGGGGGAGGGGCAUUGGAUUGAUGAAACGAUGCUUUUGCACAAAGUUGUGGUUUUAUGGAGUCCAAAGUUCUCCAUUUUUAAAAGCUAAAGUUUGUAUUUUUCUUAUUUUAAUCAAAUGUUUUUGUCUUGCCUUAUGAAUGCAGUCCCUGCUAAUGUAAUGCAGGUUGUGGAAAUUGUUUACAGUUCAGAUGGAACCCCUCUCCUACCUUUUUAACAAGGUUGGGGUACUUGGUACAAAAGUCAGAUUUUAUCCUAGCUUCUUACAUUUUCUAUAUUGGGCACAUUAUUUUUAACAGAUUUUAUUUUGAAUGUAGAAAUGUGGGUGCUUAUGAGAUGAGUGAAAACUACAGGAACAUGUCUGCAUUGGUUUGGGGGCAUUGAGUACUGCCCCCCCCCCCCUCCCAGCAAUCAGACCAGUUUUCCUGCUUUGUCUCUGGUCCAGUGUUACUUGUUCUGUGAACUUGUGGGGUACAGCUUUUUUUUUUUUGCGUGAUUUGCUGCUCUUUCCAAACCGUCCAUAAAUGUUUGACUUUAGUUAGUUCUGUGCAGUUGUACAUGUGACUCGGGGUCAGGAAAUGUCCUUAUCUAUGCUGGUGAGCCUUAUCCCUGUUCGCUAACAGCACACAUGUAUGAAAUAAUAUUCUGAUAAUUUAUUGACAUGACACAAUCUGAAGGGAAUUAAUGUUACCUGUAACUCUGCACCUAGCAAUUAAAUUCUUAUUUCCAUUCAAACCUGGUGUCAUAUUGUUCUUGCAUCACUCUUUAGUUUCUCCUUCCACACUGCUACAGCUCAUGUCAGCCUACAUGCAUGCUUCAGAAGAUGAGGAGAACGUAACAUGCUGCUUAUGACUUUUGGAUUAUUUAAAUUUAUGGGACGGUUGAACUCAAAUUAUAUUAGAAAAUCCGAAAGUAUUUGGUU